AUGCUGAGGAGGACCCUACUGUGCGUGGUACUCGGGCUCCUGCGCGCCCAGCCCUUCCCCUGCCCCACCGCCUGCAAGUGUGUCUUCCGGGACGCCGCGCAAUGCUCUGGGGGCCACGUGGCGCGCAUCUCGGCGCUGGGCCUGCCCUCCAACCUCACGCACAUCCUGCUCUUCCGCAUGGGCCGCGGCGCCUUGCAGAACCACAGCUUCGUUGGCAUGACGGUCCUGCAGCGCCUGAUACUCUCGGACAGCCACAUUUCCGCCAUUGCCCCCGGCACCUUCAACGACCUGAUCAAACUGAAAACCCUCAGGCUGUCGCGCAACAAAAUCCCUCACCUUCCGGGGGCGCUGCUGGAUGAGAUGGUGCUCCUGGAACAGCUGUUUUUGGACCACAAUGCACUGCGGGGCAUUGACCAAAACAUGUUUCAGAAACUGGGCAACUUGCGGGAGCUCUUUCUGAACCAGAAUGAACUCGAUUUCCUUCCCGCUAAUCUCUUCUCAAACCUGGGGAACCUGAAAUUGUUGGAUUUGUCGGGAAACAACUUGACCCACCUGCCCAGAGGAUUGCUUGGGGCACAGGCGAAGCUUGAGAAGCUCCUGCUGCACGCGAACCGGCUGGUGUCCCUGGACGCGGGGCUGUUGCGCAGCCUGGGCGCCCUGGCGGAGCUGCAGCUGCACCGAAACCACAUCCGCUCCAUCGCGCCCGGGGCCUUCGACCGCCUCCGGAGCCUGAGCGCUCUGACUCUUUCGAGCAACCGCCUCGAGUUCCUGCCCUCUGCGCUCUUUCUCCAUUCGCACAAUGUGACGCUGCUGACGCUGUUCGAGAACCCGCUGGAGGAGCUCCCGGAGGUGCUCUUCGGGGCGAUGGCGGGCCUGCAGGAGCUGUGGCUGAACGGCACCCAGCUGAGCACCCUGCCCUCCGCCGCCUUCCGCAACCUGAGCAGCCUGCGGACCUUGGGGGUGACUCAGAGCCCGCGUCUGAGCGCGCUCCCGCCGGGCGCCUUUCUGGGCCUGGGCGAGCUCCGGGCGCUGUCCCUGCAGGCCAACGGCCUGCCCCCGCGGUGCGCUGGCCCCGGGGAGCGCACCGGCCUGCCGCUCCGAGCCCUGCCGGAGAGUGACCUGCAGUGCCCGGAUCCCCGGGGCCCCCCUCCCCACCCUGCCGCGGACAGCUCCUGGGAAGCCCCCGACAACCCUGCCUUGGUGCCCAGCAGCCCAGAGCCCUGGGCGUGGGCCCAGCGGGUGGCCACGGGCAACCGGCAAGACCACAGCCUGUUCUGGGGGUUUUAUGUUCUGCUUUUAGCCACUCAGGCCAUCAUAACUGGGAUCAUUGUGUUUACUAUGAUUAAAAUCGGCUGGCUCUUUCGAAAAGUAAUAAGAGAGAGGGCUCUUGGUUGA